AUGUCUACACCUUAUGAUCUCCCAACGGAUCUGUCAAAGGUCAAAAAGUUCGAAUGGGAUGAUAAAUAUGACUUCCCUCGAGACCUUGUUGGUUAUGGCGAGAACUCCUUUAACCCUCAGUGGCCUAACGGAGCUAAAAUUGCUGUUUCAUUUGUUAUCAAUUAUGAAGAAGGAGCCGAACACACAGUUCUAAACGGGGACUUACACUCCGAAACCCAUCUAUGGGAAGCACCAGGUGGAAGUCCCAAAAUCCAAGAACGUGCCGUAAACAUCGAAUCAGAAUAUGACUACGGCUCCCGCACAGGCGUCUGGCGUCUCCUCCGUCUCUUCAACAAACACAACUACAAAUACACCCUCUACGCCGUCGGUAAAGCUCUCGAAGACAAUCCUGCAGUCGGAAUCUCCUCUGUGAAAAACGGACACGAUGUCGCAAGUCACGCUUACCGGUGGAUUGAUUACGCGAAUAUGAGUCCUGAGAAGGAAAAAGCUUAUAUCAAGAAAGAAAUCGAGACUAUUCAGAAGAUCUGCGGAAGUCCGCCAAAGGGAUGGUAUUACGGGCGGUUGUCGAGUCGGAGUCAAGCUCUGGUUUGGGAGGUGUAUAAGGAGAUGGGUAUUGAAUUACUUUGGGACAGUGAUAGUUACGCUGAUGACUUACCUUACUGGGUUGACGUCCCCGCCGAAAAAGACGAACCCAAUCCCAAGGGCAUGCUAAUGGUUCCCUACUCCUACGACUGCAACGACUACAAAUUCAACGUCCCCACCGGCUUCGGCUCACCCACACAUUUCUACGACCACGUCAAAAACGCCUUCGACACGCUCUAUGAAGAAGGCGAGGAAGGGUCUCCCAAGAUGAUGACUAUCGCGCUGCACUGUCGUUGUAUCGGGAAACCGGGACGGUUCAUGGCAUUAAAGAGGAUUGUCGAGUAUAUUGCGAGUAAACAGGAUGUGUGGGUAGCGACACGCACGCAGAUUGCGGAGCAUUUUAGAGAGAAAUUUCCGUAUGAGAAGGGAUGUUUGGCGCCGGGUGUUAAGAGGGCGGAGGCGCCUAAGAUGCAGAUGGCGUGGCCGGCGCAUUUGGAUGUUCCUGAGAGUUAG